CGGGGAUAUGAAUUAUCUCAACCUCUAGGUCAAAGUCUACUGUCUUAAUGUUCACACUAAAGUUUCAACAUGAACAAAUCAGAACGAUCCACAUGGAAGUCAUUGCAGUAUGGAUGCGUUAGUGGAGUAAUUAGUACAAUAAUUUGUCAACCGUUGGAUGUCAUGAAAACACGUUUACAAACCAAAGUUAUUCUUGGGUAAUUUAAAGGACAUGGUUUGUGAGGAUAUCACAUUCCAUUUAAAAUAUAUUCUCAAUGAAGUUAUUCUUAUUUAAAAGUUUCUCCGACUUGGUACCACGUCAUUUCGUCCGAGAUGUAUUGCGGGAUGUUAGGAAUACCAUAAGAAUACAUGAACUUGGAGGGGCGAAUACAUGUAAAUUAUAUCUUUUUAGUGGGACUAAUCCAUUUCGAUUGCUUUUAUUUUCUCCAUACAUUCCUCAUAAUCUGUUGUUCGGGAGGUACUUAGUGAAGAUUUGGGUUUGGAUGAGUUCUUUCAUGUCCAAUUGAAGAUACUUGAAGAUGCUUAGCCUACUGAUUUUAAGCAGACUGUUGUUCGUGUAGAGAUUGUUACUGGCUCACACAAAGAAAGUUUCUCUCCUGAAUUUAUACAGCUCCGAAUUUAAGCAUUACUAAUGAUAGUUACGGAUGAAAAUCAUGUUUGUAGUCUGCUAUGACACUCUGCAUUGCGGAAAUAAAUAAAGAGGACAGAUUGCCUCCGUUGGGAAUUGUACAAGCUAUGGGGCAAGUCUACUCAACCAAUUCCACAAUCACUGGUGGUUCCACUUCUUUACCACGUGUUAUACAAGUUUGUGGGAGAUUGAGGAAUUUUUGGACUGGAACAUAUCCUUCUUUGUGGCGUUGUGUUCCGGGGGUUGGUGCUUAUUUUAUGUGCCUUAAUGCUUUGCAAGAUAUAACAGAUAGAUGGAAUAUCCUAACGCCUAGUACUGCAAAUACACCGACAACUGCUGUCAAAUCGUUCAUGUUAGCGUUUACAGCUCGUGGUAUCGUCGCCUUCUGUUUAGAUCCAUUUGUUGUCAUUAAAACUCAAUUGGAAUCUGGUCUUUAUUCACAAGAUCGUAGAAGUAUGCUACGUACAUUUCAGAGAAUUUAUUCUUCAGCAAAAUGGAGAGGUUUGUACAGUGGUGUUUGGGCGACAAUUAUGCGAGAUUGUCCUUAUUCCGGUUUGUAUCUAGCUGCAUAUACUAGUCUACGUCAGUAUACAGGUCUUUAUUCUCCAUUCCAGAAAAAUAUUGAUGCUGCUGAUGACGGUAAUGUUAAGUCUUUCCUUUAUGUAUCUGGAUGUGCUGCAUUGGCUGCCUGUUUUGCAACUACACUUACACAUCCAGCUGAUUUAUUACGUGUUCAUCGCCAGCUGCUUAUCCGAGAAACAUGUCAUCAGCACCACAACCACCAACAACAACAGCAACACCAAUCGCCAACGAAUCGAAAUGCCAGUACUUAUAAAAAUCAGAAGACAGCUGAUAAACAACAACUAUCCUCCUUAUUUCAAAUAUUUCAAAGUAUUUAUACAAAAUAUGGUGUUAAAGGAUUAUGCCAAGGUUUAAGUUUAAGACUGAUUAGACGAACAAUAUUUGGUGUUACCUCUUGGACGUUAUAUGAAUUUUUCACCUGA